AUGCGUCCUCCAAGGUUAUCAUUGCUCACUUUACUCAGCGGAUCAGCAUAUAAAUGCGAUGGAGCAAAAUGUGAUUUGUACAUGACAAGAACUCAGCAAUCGACUCUUCCUCCUCUUGUUAACGCCAUCGAGGUUUACACUAUAAUCCAGUUUCCACAGUCAGGAACAAAUCAGAGUGACGUUUCUGCUAUCAAGAACAUCAGAACAAGUUAUGGAUUGAGUCGAAUCGAUUGGCAAGGAGAUCCAUGCGUCCCUCAGAACUUUUUGUGGAGCGGUCUCAAGUGCAACUCCACCGAUAUGUCCACACCGCCAAGAAUCGUUUCCUUAAACUUGUCAUCGAGUGGAUUAACCGGGACUGUUGCAUCGAGCAUACAGGGCCUGACUCAGCUACAAGUACUUGACCUGUCAAACAACAACUUGGCCGGAGAAGUGCCUGAAUUUCUUGCCGAAAUGGACUCACUGACGGUCAUAAACUUAAGUCGGAACAAACUCAGUGGUAGAGUUCCUCAGGCCCUUCUUGAAAGAUCUCAUAAAGGAGAGCUUCAGUUAACCCUUGAAGGAAAUCUUCUCUGUAACACAACGUCAUGCAAGAAAAACGACAAAAACAAGUUCAUAGUUCCGAUUCUCGCAUCCGUUGCAUCUGUGGCCGCUAUCACAGCCGUGUUGGUUUUCAUUUUCAUGUGCCGAAAGAAAAGGGCAUCAAGUAUUCAAGGCUGCAUCCUGGCUGUGGCAGUAACGAGGGAUGGAUCGACUAAUUUAACCGAGCCAUCAAUUCUAAGGAAAAAGAGAAGAUUUACGUAUUCCGAGAUUGUGGAGAUAACAAAAAACUUCCAAAGGGUUCUUGGAAAAGGGGGGUUCGGAGUUGUCUACCACGGUUAUUUAAACGAUACAGAACAGGUAGCUGUAAAGAUGCUGUCGGAGUCAUCAGCUCAAGGCCAAAAGCAAUUCAAGGCAGAGGUGGAACUUCUUCUAAGAGUUCACCAUGUAAAUCUGGUAAGCCUUGUCGGUUACUGCGAUGAAGCAGACCACGUGGCUCUCGUCUAUGAGUACAUGCCCAACGGAGACUUGAAACAGUAUCUCUCUGGAAAACUCGGCGGCUUCGUUCUGAAUUGGGCAAGUAGACUACGGAUAGCUGUGGACGCCGCUCUAGGUAAGUGCUAA